AUGGGAAAAUCAUCAAUCCAAUGCUUAUUAUUCAUACUUCUCACCAUCAUCGUCAACAUAAUUUCAUGUUCUAAUGCACAAAGAGAAGUUGAGGAUGAAAGUGAAUUUAGCUACGAACGGGAUCAAGAGAACGGGCCAGAGAAAUGGGGGAAACUGAAGCCGGAAUGGAAAAUGUGUGGAAAAGGAGAGAUGCAAUCUCCAAUUGAUCUUACGAACAGAAGAGUUAGACUUGUUUCACAUCUUGGAAGGCUUACCAGAGACUACAAACCUGCCAAUGCCACUCUCAGAAAUAGAGGCCAUGACAUGAUGCUGAGAUUUGAAGAAGCGCCAGGUAGUAUUAGGAUCAAUAAUACUGAAUAUCAACUCCAUCAGCUUCAUUGGCAUUCUCCGUCUGAGCAUACGAUCAAUGGGAGAAGAUUUGCUCUGGAACUGCAUAUGGUUCACGAAAGCAUAAACGGUAGCUUGGCUGUAGUCACAGUGCUUUACAGAAUCGGAAGACCAGACUCUUUCCUCAGCUUGUUGGAAAAUAAAUUGUGGGCGAUCACAGACCACAAUGAGGCGGAGAUAAAUAUAGGAAUGAUAGAUCCAAAGGAAAUCAAGUUUGGGAGCAGAAAAUAUUAUAGAUAUAUUGGAUCACUUACCAUUCCUCCUUGUACCCAAAAUGUUAUUUGGACCGUCAUCAAAAAGGUGAGGACUGUAUCCAGAACCCAAGUGGAAGCACUCCGAGUGGCUGUCCACGAUUAUUCAGAUACAAACGCCAGGCCGGUUCAACCUACAAAUAUGCGUGUGGUCAAAUUAUACAGACCAAAAUCUCGUUGA